AUGAAGGUAGGAGUCGAAUAUCUCAGCGAAGCGCAGACGGUGUUAUUGAUGUUCAAGUACCUGAUCCUUGCCUUUGCCGUCUUUGCAGCAACCGAGGCUUUCGGUUUCGGUCUCCUUGGAGGCGGUGGCGGUGGCGGUGGCUGCGGCUGCCCUGCUCCUGCUGCUCCAGCGUGUCCUCCUCCAUGUCCACCUCCAUGCCCUCCUCCAUGUCCUCCACCAUGCUCUUCGGGAUGCGGGAAGUAG